AUGAUGCGUUUUCAUACUUGGCGCAAGCUGUGGUUGAAUCUCGCCAUCGCCGAGAAAGAGUUGGGUUUACCUAUCUCAGACGAUGCGAUCACUCAAAUGAAAAACAAUCUAUGGCUCGAUGAAGACCAAUUCAAAGUUGCCGCAGCAGAAGAAAAGAAGAGACGCCAUGACGUGAUGGCGCAUGUACAUACGUUUGGAACCGUCGCACCGCAGCGGCGCCUAUCAUUCAGUUACCUUGGAGCUACCUCAUGCUAUGUGACAGAUAACGGUGAUCUCAUCCUACUGCGGGAGGCGUGCGAUUUGUUGCUCGCCCGAUUGGCAAUAGUUAUCGACCGAUUGGCCAAUUUUGCAAAUGAGUAUAGAGCACUGCCUACUCUUGGGUUCACCCAUUUCCAACCAGCACAGCUGACCACGGUCGGCAAGCGUGCAACCCUUUGGAUCCAGGAACUCUUAUGGGACCUGAGGAACAUUUCGCGAGCAAGAGACGACCUUGGUUUCCGUGGUGUAAAGGGAACUACAGGCACGCAGGCCUCGUUCUUGACCCUUUUUGACGGAGACCACCAAAAAGUUGUCGCACUGGACAAACGUGUAACAGAGCUCCUCGGGUUUCCGUUUGCAUACCCAGUCACCUCCCAGACCUACUCCCGUAAAAUUGAUAUCGAUGUCCUGCAGCCCUUGGCAUCAUUUGGUGCAACAGCGACCAAGAUCGCCACAGACCUCAGGUUGCUUGCAAACCUCAAGGAGAUAGAAGAACCAUUCGAGAAGGACCAGAUUGGGUCGAGUGCAAUGGCGUAUAAACGUAAUCCUAUGCGAUGCGAACGGAUAUGCUCUCUGGCAAGACACUUGAUGGUCCUUCCUCAGAAUGCACUCAUGACGAGUGCUGGCCAAUGGUUUGAGAGGACUUUGGAUGACAGCGCGAAUCGCCGGGUUUCUAUCCCCGAGGCGUUCCUCACCGCAGACAUCGUUUUAAGCACGCUCCAAAAUGUUCUGGAAGGGUUAGUGGUAUACCCUAAAGUAAUCGAACGCCGGAUUUCCCAGGAGCUUCCAUUUAUGGCGACGGAGAAUAUCAUUAUGGCAAUCGUGAAGGCGGGUGGCGAUCGCCAGGUAGCUCAUGAACAAAUUCGUGUGCUGUCCCACCAAGCCGCACGUGUGGUCAAAGAAGAGGGCGGUGAAAAUGACUUGAUUAAGCGAAUCAAGGCAGAGCCCUUCUUUGCACCAAUCGUUCCUCAGCUCGAUACCCUAUUAGACCCGAAGACUUUUAUUGGGCGUGCGCCAGAACAAGUUGACUCUUUCCUGGAAGAGUGGGUCGCUCCUGCGCUCAGUAAAUGGCAGGAUGAAAUCAAGGGUGCCCAGAAAGUAGAGUUGAGUGUGUAA